AUGAAUCAUCAAGUGUAGUCAAGGCUGUGAAUCUCUGAGAUAUAUUUGGAAGAUAUGAGGAAAGCAGGGAUAAUGGGAAUCAAACAGGAAGGGUAAGGGUUGGAUCAGACUGGAAGGAGUUAUGUGACCAACUGCAGCCUCUACCCAACAACCUUCCUAGAGAUUCCUAUAUUCAUUCUAUAAGUGUACCUAUAUGAGCUGGCGGAAAGGGAUGAGGUGGAGGGACUUCGGCACUUGCUGGGACGCCCUUGCCCACUUAUCUCAUAUAGACCCGUGAGAUGCCAGUAAUCCAGGAGAGUGCAGGUCCAUCCAAUGCUCAAUUGUUCCUAAACUCCUGAUCCCAGUAACCUGAAUCCUCUUCUAGGAUUACGUCCAGCCCGGCAACUGGCAGCUUUCAAUCUGAGGACAGCCUCGCCACCGCCCCCCGUGCACGGAGCCAAGACUCUUCAAAAGCCCCCCGGCAGAUGCCUGAACCCCCCAGUGUGAAGCAGGAAGCGGCCAGCGGCGCCAGAGGACUCAGGAGUCAGCUUGAGAGCUACACUUCGCCCCCGGACAGCGAGGCUUACUACGGCGAGACCGACAGUGACGCGGAUCACCCUGCAAGCGAGAGGCAGCGAAGGCAGAGGCGGCGCUGGCCCGGUCCCCGACCCCUGGUGCGGGGAUCGGCCGACGAGGCGUCGGAGCAGAGCGAGUACGACAGCGCCCCGGAACACGUCUGGAGCCCCCUGAGCCCCUUGUCGCCGGAACCAGGAGCGCCCUCCCGGCUGGAACCUACCAGCCUCACCCAGGGGGCGAUCCCAAGGAUGUUUCAGCCUCGGAAGGUGGAAGCCAAGAUUAAUAUUUGGCAGCCCAAGGUGGAGGUGGCCACAUACCCUAAGCCUAGCCUCACCCAGCCCAUUUCCACCCCCGCCAGUCUCACCCACCCUAUUUCCAGCAACCCAGCAACUAACCCCUCCUAUCCCAACUUGAACCCCACCUAUGCCAGCAACUGGUCCGCCCAGUCCAGCGGUGAGGACAGCGCCCUGCGACAGGGCAACUUGGGCACAUCGGAAGCUGAUAGCGGGUUUCAAGAGGUACCCGCCCACGCUGGCUCACCUGAGCAGAAGCUACUGCCGGCCGCCGGCGUGCCCAGCCUGAGAGAGACGCAGCUGGUGCCCAUGGUGGGCCCAGUCAACAACCCCGUGGAUGAGGCGCUGACGACCACCUACAAACAGAAGGCCAGGCAAGCCAAGCUACAUCGGAGUGAAAGUGUGCAGGAGAAGCAAGCCAAGGAAGCCAGGACAAAAUGCAAGACCAUCGCCUCUCUCCUCACCUCUGCACCCAAUCCUCACUCGAAGGGGGUUCUUAUGUUUAAGAAACGGCGUCAAAGGGCAAAGAAGUACACCCUUGUUAGUUAUGGGAGUGUGGAUGAGGAGAAGCAGAGCUUCGACGAGGACGGAGAGCUUCUGCCAACUAGUGAGUCUGAAUUUGAUGAAGAGGCAUUUUCUGAUGCAAAAAGUUUGACGAAUCAGUCAAUGGGAUCAGAUUGGGACAGUUCUUACCUGGACAUUCAGAAGCCCAAAUCUGAGCCCCAGGGUUUAACUGAAACCAAAGGGAAAGGUGUGAGGUUGUUUGAACAUCAGAGACAACGGGCAAAGGAGUAUGUAUUGGAGGAACCUCCAAUUCAGACACCAGACAGUCUACAGAUGAAACCAAAGACAAAGGCUGAAGUGAUGAGCUACACCACGAAAAACGAAGACCAGACCUGGCCCAGGAGUACAACUGUGGGUGCUGGGACUCCAGCUUCAGAUACGUUGAACUAUUAUACAGAAAUGAAUCUGUCGCCAAGGGUGCACACAGAGGCCACUUUGCCAAGGCCAAGUGAACAGCACCGUUCACAGCAUGUUGUACAAGGUUCUCCUUCCCUUCCUGGGGUGGCAAAUUGGACAGCAAGACCAUUCACUCCAGGAUUACAGCAGAGCCAUGUGAGCCCUUUGCACUCGGUCUCUGCUCCAGUGCUAUAUCGGCGUAGUACAAUAAACGCAUCACUUCCAAAGCCCUGGGAACAAACUACUGGGCAAAACAAACUAACCAAAUCUUUCGCACAUCCAACAGCACUGGUCUCCAGCCCAAAUGUGAGUGCAGUCACACAAUCUGAACCAACGAAAGCUUCAGCAGCAGUGGGAAUGGAGACCCCUUAUUCGCCAGCAGCUGCCGUGAUGUCACCGCCAUCUCCUGUGAUGUCACCACCACCACCUGCAAAGGUGUCGCAGAAAGCCAUAGUGAUGUCACCUCCACCUACCGCAAUGUCGCCGCCGACCACUGUUGUUUUACUAUCGAGUGCACCGAAGCCAGCAGAACGCACAGCGACGUCAUCACUACCCAUGGUGACAUCACCAAACACUGCAGCAAUGGUGUCACCAACCACGGUGAUAUCACCACCAGCUACAGCGAUGUCACCACCACCCGCAAUGAUGUCACCACCACCUCCAUCAAUUACAUCAUUACUCACAGCAACUCCAUAUUCAGCACCUCAGGCUCCAGUCACCAGCCCUGCUCUCUUUCGUGUUUCCUCAACACUGCUGCCACAGAGAGAGAGCGUUUCUGCAGUGAACACCCCUUCUGUUGGGGGCACUUCAUCAACAGCUUGGGCAGGCAACCAGCCAUUAGAGAGCUUGGCCACGAGAGAGCAAAGAAUUUCAGUGCCAGCCUCUAAAACUGGCAUCCUACAGGAGGCUCGUCGCAGAAGCACCAGGAAGCCAAUGUUUACACAGAUUGAACAGAAAAAAGCCUCGCCGAACCCUGAGCUUCUUUCCCUGGUACAAAACCUGGAUGAGAAAAAGCCGGACCAUGCUGGAGCAGGAUUUGAAUCGGGCCCUGAGGAAGACUUUCUGAGUCUUGGUGCUGAAGCUUCCAAUUUUAUGCAGUCUCAGGCACGCAGACAAAGUAUUCCCCCUCCUGUUGCCCCAAAGCCUUACUUAAAGCCUCAGCUAAUUGGUGGUGGCUCUCUUGUGGUGAAUGGAACCAACCCACCAGUAACCCUGCAGCUGAAGGGGAAGGGAGCAGAACUCUUUGCUAAGAGACAAAGUCGCAUGGAUAAAUUUGUCAUUGAUUCGGUGCCUUCGAGCUCUCCUCAGUCAAGAGGACCAUCUCCCACUCCUUCCCUUCCGGCUACAUGGAAAUAUUCUCCCAACAUCCGGGCUCCACCUCCGAUCGGUUAUAACCCCAUUUAUUCACCGUCAUACCCAUUAGCAGCCAGCAAGUCACAAGCUGCAUCAGCCUCCAAAACGGAGAAGAAGUGGAAGCCAACAAGCAACCAAAAGGUGGGAAUAAAAGCCAUCGAUUUCAUGAGACGUCAACCCUACCAAUUAAAUCCGGCCAUGUUCAGUUUUGAUGAAUCCAAUGUGAGAUCCCAGGGUUUGUCAGGAAGUGCUCCAAGUGUACCACUCGGCCAACAGUCCUUUGUCUCCACAAAGCAAGUUCCUGUGAAGACAUCGAGAGCCUUUGAGAUCAGACGCUUUUCCACCCCAGUGCCUACUAUCACUCCCACAGUUAUUGCCCCACGGUCAGCCACCACACUUGCUGAGCCCGUGUGGAUGUCUGCACCCAAUUCUCCGCCACCAGCAUCACCCAAAGUAUCUUACGGAAAUGGACUGAUUCAGGAAAUCGGGAGGGCACCUGGAGAAAGUCCAGAGGUAAGCUUAGAACCUUCACUGCUUCAGUUCCCAUCUAAAGAAGAUGUGCAAAUGCCAAAGAAGUCAUUGAACCCCGUCCCCAGGCCAAGGUUCUCAGCUGUGAGAGGAGGAAGCGGUCCUCAUACAUGGAGACCAGGGACAAUCCAGGAAUGAAAGUAUGUUUAUGUGCACUUUGAUUCUGUGUGGAUAGAUGAAGAUUUCACAACAAAACAAGGAAUCUAAUCCCAAAAGGAAAGGAAGACUUGCAUUUACGUAUUAUUUGUCUGGACCUCAGGAUAUACCAAGUUUUGUUAGUUUUGAAGUGUAUCACAGCGUAGUAGGCAAUGCAGCCAAGUUUUGUGUAAAGCAAGCUCCCAUAUGUAGCAGUAUGAUAAUGACCUGUUCUGGGGUUUUGUAUGAGGGGUAGAUUAUUGACCUGACUCCUCAGAAUUUCUCCCCAAUAUUUUUUAAAAUAAGCAUCAUGCACCAAGUUGGAUAAGGGGGUGAUCUCUGCAGUACCUCUGCUGGAUCACAGCUCCUUCAAUACCACACUGACUUCAGUGUACAUCAUGCAGUCAAGUCUCUAAGUGGGACACAAACUCAGGAUUUGUUGACUCAGAGUCAAGAAUUCUUCUCCUUAGAUCUAAUAAAAUGCCAUUCUAAACCUAAGUGAUUAUUCACAUGGCCCUGUAUUAAGGAUUUACCAGCAUAUACAGUUGUGUUGCAAUACCUGCAGGAAUAAGUUUCCUUAUAUCCUUAAAUGUAUUGGAGUGAGAUGGUGUCAUUUUGAGGUCUCUCUGUGCAUUGCUAUAACUUACUGGAACCUAUCCAAGGUUCUGCCUAAUAAAACACAAUCAUCUUUCCCUACCCUAGAUGUCUCCUUAGGAGAACAAAAUGGAAGUGUAAUGUAAUGUUGGUUUCUUUUUGAAGGACUUUUCCUUGCACAGGCACGCAAACACACAAACACACACACACACACACACACACACUUAUUUUAUGGAGUGGUAUGCAAUAAAUGUAUAUUAAAUUUCAAAACAACAAGCAGAAAUUGCCAGGGCAAUGGAAAGGAUUUCAAGACAAUAUUUUUGAAGGAGUUCAGGAACUUAGAUGUAUUUCUGGUAGUAAUAUCUCACAUGAGUUAUAAAUGAUUGCACCAACUGUGGACAUACAAUAGAAUUAGAUUUUUUUUCUAUGAUGAAAUAUACUGUAAUAGUGACAACAGUUUGGAGGGUAAAGAUAAACAUCAGAAGAAUCUUAGGAAAAUCCGAAAAGAAAUGGCCUGAUCCUGCUUUCUCAGAUAGAUAUUGUAUCUACAUUGAAGGAAACAGAAUUAACUCUGGCACAACUCAGUUUAGACUUGUUUCCAAAUUGAUCUUCCAUUUAAAUAAAGGGUGAGUCGUCAACCAUCUGGUACCAUCCUUUUCAAGUAGAGUUAAACAUUUAUUCAUCAGCUGUGUAAUAACGCUUAGCUCUGAAGGAUAAGUACAAUAUCUAUCCACGGCAUCAUUUUAAAUACACAGACAUUGCUAAUUGUAGUCACCUUCAGUCCAAUUGGAGUGUAGACAACCUGACCAGAUCAUACAGGGAUCAACAAUGUACCAGACUUUGGAUGUAAGCACUACCAUAUGUUAGGACAGAAAACAUCUCUGAAAGUGUGUUGAAGCAUUUCAGUGAGAAAAUUCAAAUUCAAAUCAUCCAAUUUUUUUCCUGAAUUAACUUCAGGAAUGGCCAAGUAUUGACUCUAGCUCUUAUUGUAAGAUAAUGAGCUUACUCUUAAAGAUAAACCUGCUUUUUGGAUAAUAGUGCAAAAUGUGUAGUGUUAAGUGACAUAGAACUGGCUGUACUUUCUGUGUUUGUAGCAAAACAACUAAGAUGAAUGUAGACUGGUUACAUUAUGAGGAUAUGAGCAGUUAUAGACAGAAAAGGUGGAAUUGAUUGGAGAUGUAGGGAAGAUUGGAUCAGUUGAGACAUGGAUGAUCUUGGUUUCUGUAUGUAGUGAUGGGAAGCAGAGUAAAUGGAACUAGGGGUUAAUUCAAUGAUUUGAACUGGUUUGGGUUGUAAUGUCUGAUAAUGCAAGGGUUAAUCAUUUGCAAAAGUUAAUAAUUUGCAAAUGUUUUCUUCAUGCUAUGUUUUUUGACCAACCACUGAGAAUUAAAUAUUUGAGUUUAAUAGUGAAAUUCUACACUUUUAUUUGCAGUUUCACACAAAACUGCUAAGUGCCUUGAUUAUUAACAUUGCCAGACUGAAGUUUGAUAUCAGUUUUGGCAAGUAAAGCUGCUGUAAUUUGUAAGCCGUAAAUCUCACAUGCUUUAAUUCUUCAUCACCAUUAAAUUGCUUUCAGCUUUGAAGAAAAUGAGCUCAGGAGAUCAAUGCUGGCUCAAGAUCUUGUUUGCAUUGCUCCCUUCAUUGUAGCUUGUACAAUUGGGCUCUGUAUAAAUUUUCCAGCGAUUACCAAAAUAGAGAUAAAGAUAAAAGAGACAGUUACCAAUGGAGAACCAAACUACUGAGUGCUCCUGGCACCUUUUGUUUUUAAUUCUUAGUAAUUACCAUACAAAAGCACCUUUGCAGUGUUUGGGUGCUUUAUUGGAGUGUCUUUGGGGUGAGAGUCGUCAGUAAGUGAAUGACAUGCAUACCCGUUUUGGCUUCAGGGCACUUUGGGUACUCUAAGUGAAGCUCUGCACUUUACUAACACCAAAUGAUGUGCUUUAUUUCUUGAAAAGUCUAGCCUUACUUUGUGCAAACUAUACUCAUUUAUUGCGUUUUAAAUGUUCAAUUUGUGCUAUGUUUGCUGAUGUAAAAUAAUAAA